AUGUCUCACCGUUCUGAUAGUGAAUCGGCGGUGGAAGCGUCACUACAGUUGCCCGACUACAACACCCAGUUCAUUCCCCAGGACGACGACGAGGAGACACUCUGGGAUGUCAUCGAGAUUUUAGCAGAACGUGGUAGCAGAUACCAGGUGAAGUGGGCAGGGAACGAUCCCGCGACUACAAAGCCAUGGGCACCCAGCUGGGUGCCCAAACACGACUGUACGGAUCAGCUUAUUCACGACUGGAAAGUGAAGCAAGCGAAGAAAAAGAAGGAUGCAGUUACGCGAAAAUCUAAAUCUCGGGCGUCGACGAGCUCAUCGAGAGACUCCAAACCCUCCGCAUCCACCGCUGGUAACUCGACGGCUCGGCGCGCCCCAUCCCAUGCCUCGUCUUCUACGAAGCUACCCGCCUCGACUUCCAAUGCAUCCCACGUCAGCUCUUCUCGAAUACACAAGGCGAGUAGCUCGCACGGAGCUGUGAGCAAGCGGCGCAAGGUGUCUCACGAGUCCUCGGAGGAAGACGAUCCCCUCGCCGUACCCGCACCCACAGGAAAACGGCGUAAGGUUGCGAUUGAAGUCAUGCUAUCUGCGGCGAAGGGCAAAGGCAGACAAAAUGUGCCGGAUGACCACUCGUUGUACGAAGUCAGAUCAACGUCGUCGCCAGUCGUCCCAUCCCCUCCGCGACAAGUCACUAAGAUUGGCCCAUCGAAGCGAAGUAAACCUUUGGUCAUUGUGUCAAGCGAAAGCCACAACGACCUCGAGAAGCCAACAGCUUCAAAUGAGACCGCUGCCUCUGUGCACAAGUCGAAGCCCCGUAACGUCAGUAGAACCAACUCAACAAACCGAUCUGCCCCGGCAUCUUCGCGAGUCGCCAUUAGAGAUCAGACUGUGGAAGGCAUAGCGAGUAGACGCAACAAAACGCUUGUAGACAGUCGUACCACGAAGACAGCGACAAAAGUCAUGCGUCCUAUCCCGGUGGUUUCACCCUCUGUCUUCCAUCCACAUCUGCCAAAACCUGACCCCCCGCUCAGUUCGAUUGAGCAAUUUAGCUCUCCAGAAAAGGGCGGUGUGCAUGCGACUAGCAUGGCCAUCCGUCGCGCAGAAAAAAGGCUCAAGGAGAAAGGCAAGGGUGGACAGGUCGCUUCCAAAUGGGAUGAUGAAACGCUGCAACAGCGCGGGCAGCAGCUAGCGGACGAAGCGGCAUCUAGUCGUCGCAGUAGUAGUCGGUCACCACCACUCGAUGAGGACAACGAUUGGCUGUUUGAGAUGCCAUCCAACCCAGGAUCACCCCAAAACGCAGACGAAACCGGUUCGAUCGGACCCUCACCGAUUCCCUCGUCUCCACGCGGGACAUCUAUAUCUGUGGAUCCUGUUGCGCAGGAAGUGGUGGACGCCUUCAUAAAUUUCGGCGACGAACCCGAGGAUGGUUGGGGGCUCGCUACGCACGAAGAACAGGCCAUGACAUUGGGUCCUGAUCUCACAGCCGCUCGGAGAAAGGCUGGACCGUUGCAGCAACUUCGAGGGAGCCACUUUGAGGCGAACUGGAGGUUGACUUUUCGCAAGCGUCGAAUCGAACAAGUCUCAAUGCCUGAGGAGCCCACACAAAGCCUCGACUACUUGCCUGCAACAACUUCAACACAACAAGCUGCUGUUGACAGUCAAUCGCAGGUUACGCGUCUCGAAACGGAGUCUACUGAGCUCAAGGAGCGGCAUGCCUUGUCGGUCUCCGAGUUGGAGGUUAAGUCGCAAGCUCUACUUCAUGCAGACGCGCGUCACGGGAGUCUCGAAGAAAAGUUCACCGCGUUCCGACUAGAGCAUGAGCGUGGUAAGGUGGAGAUGGAGCAAGCGAUGGAGGCUCAGCAAGAGGCGCUGCGACGCCUACAAAGUCAGAAGGAAGACACUGAAAAGGAACGCGAGAUAUUCCGCGAGUACUACGGGAAGGCUUCUGCUCAUGCCUCUGAGGUCGCCACCGAAAAAAAUGAACUGGAACGCCAGCUUAAGCUCACAAUGAGUCAACUUAAGGAGGGUCUUCCGAUGCUCAAAGGUAUGUACGAGGAACGCAUCCGGAGAAUUGAGGCAGAAUUGGAGAAGUGGAAGACGCUGUGCAAGGUGUUGACGGACAAGGACGAGAGGACGAACGACGAUGUGCGAAGAAGAGCGGCCCUAGCACUUACGUUACAGGAGGAGAACACGCGGCUGAAAGAGGAGUGGCAAGAAAUAAGGCAUGCCGCCAGCAAGAUGGAUGACGACCUGCGUUCUCUCGCUGAGCGUACUUCUCAGCACACUGCAGCCACCCGCAAUGACGUCCAGAGCCAGACAGAACACGAGCCGGAAAGCUUAAUGGAUAUUGAACAGCCUAAGUUAUCUGCUGCCUCAGACCAGAUUUCAUCCCAAGAAUUGGGGGAUGCGCACACCCCUGUAACAUCCCAGCAAUUGUUGCAUUCCGUGGAUAGCAAACAGCACUAUACCGCAGAUGAACCUGCCGGUGCUCAUUUCUUCGUGUGUCAGCAUGUUUCCGGCACCGCAAUGUGCUACGCGCGAUUUGGUACAAGUGAGGAGGUCGUUCGUCAUGCUUUCGAUUCACACUAUCAAGAACUCCGGGAAAUCGAGAACUCUGUGUAGCCUUCCGGCGUUAAGGCUCAGAGCUAAAUACUAUUUCAGGCGAUACUUUCUGUACAUUUCGGAUGGGUGCUACGCCGUUCUGCUGGUUGGAAUAUCAACGUCACAGACGUUCUUGUGCUCUUUCCAAUGCCGCCUCCAGCAUUCUGAGUCACAGUAGCUAUUCGCCGACGAGAGGUGUGAUUCAUUUUGAGGGCGAGGUACGCCUGGCUCGACUUCGUAGCACAGGAUCUCGGAAUGCUGUUCUUGCCCAUGUUUGCGAAACAGCAUUUGCAGCUCGCGUGAUCGGGCGACGCUUCGGCGGGGCCACGAGCGCGAAGGUAUUCAUGUCGUCGUCUUGCC